AUGACAUGGCAACUGAUCUGUUUUACGAUAGGCAAUCCCGAUGAUUGGUACUCGAUCAUGACGAGUGGUUAUAGCACGGGCGGUGCAACUUGUUCAGAUUUCCCAGCGGUGGACGAGUGCGUUUCUUUAAGUGAAGAUCUGUGCACUGACGGCCAAAUCACAAGUGAACUGUUCUGGGCGGCUUUCCUGGCCCAGAGACUCUAUUCCAGCAUGUUGCAAUGGAACGAUGCCUUCACUGCGGCCACUUUCAUCUCGUCACUAGAUGUCUCCACAAUUGCUACUACUUUCACACCUCAAACACAAGGAAAAACCUUAAGUUUUGACAGCUUCCUCAGUGGGUUUUCUACCGGACUGGGUAUAGCUGCCAGUGUUGCUCCCGAGGAUGACAUUGCUGUUGGUGCAUUCAGCACGGGUGUCAGCAACAUUGAGAGCAUCGUCGGAUUCCUGUCAUCAUCCAGUUCAUUCACACUUCCAGACGAGUCAGAUCUUGAAACAGCUCUGGAAACCCUUUUGACUGAGUUGGUCGAGGGAACUAUCACUGCUAUGGCUAAUCUUACCACGGCUAUCUUCAAGGAUCCCAACCAAGCCAGCGGUCUUUCGUCCAGCCUCAUUGAUGGUCCCUUCAUGUACCCGGUCUCCAACUAUUUCUACAACUCGAAAAUUCUCUUCACGCUGGAUUCCGAGACCUUCGUGGACAUGGUUAACACAUUCAAUUCCACAAUUAAAAUGUACAUGGUCGGCGCUGCGCUUGGCGAUGGCGACUAUUACAUUCUGAGAGAUUCAUCGACCACCGAGGCCGACUGUACUGACACGGCAAAAUACUACAUUGACGGUAGCUGUUAUACACUGGCUUAUCCUGGCGCAUCAGAGUGCAUUGCUGGCAUGGGCACCCAAACAAUUGCCACCGAAGACACUAUCAACAGCAUCACCAGCUACGGUAUUGACGUGGAAGAGAUGAUCAUCAAUUCGUAUACUUGCCAGAACACUACAGGCCAGUAUUUCGGUUCUCUGGAGGUGGACGUCACAGAUUUGGCUUCAACUGGCACUCUUCCGGCUUGCUUCUUCAAUUUACCUGUGCUUGAUCUUGUUCCAACGACCAUUACUGCCUACACGACGCCUUUUGACAUCAGUCCCUGUUGGAUCACUGAGGUCACCAACGUCACUUUGGGAACUGACCGCAUUGUUGGAGAGACCUAUCUACCGGACAACCUGGCAACGGUCUUUGACACGAGUUACUGUAGCUGUGGUGGCGUGAUGCUGUGCAGAAGGAUGGACGUCUGUUAG